UGACUGUUCUUUAGCCUGUGCAGCAUGACGGGAUGCAAAAUGGUGCAUACGGUUGUAGUUGUUCAUGGCGAAAGGUCUCCUUGAGGAGAAUAUAGAUUGAUUUUACAUCACACAGUCUUUCGAACUAAAGAGGGAGAAUGUAUAAUGCCUGUUUGGCUCAUAGCAUUGUUGGAGCAGUGGUUUUUCGAAAUGUUUUCAGGUUGGGUCUGAACACAACAGACACAGUUUCGAGCAGACUCGGGUUUUGUAAUGGAACGCUGGAUGGAAGGAACUGCAGACAAGCGCACUGUGUAACAGGACAGAAUAAAUUCGUGUGUUACAGCCUGCUGCACAGGACCCUAAUUAAAGUCCAAGGCCACGACACGGGGUCUUUUCUGCAAGGUCUUAUAACGAACGAUGUGGACCUGUUGACUAAAGGCAUGCAGACUGCAAUGUAUACCCACAUCCUAAACGUCCAAGGAAGGACCCUUUAUGACGUAAUCAUGUAUAGGUUGAAGGACAAGCAGGAGGGAGAGACCAGGCUGUUGCUGGAGUGCGACAGCUCAGUGCAGGACUCCAUUCAGAGGCACCUGAAGAUGUACAAGAUUCGCAGAAAGGUGACCAUCAGCCCCUGUGCGGACCUUUCUCUGUGGGCUGUGCUUCCCCGGGACAGAGAGGGGGUCGGAGGGGACGCACAGCCUGAGCUCACAGCUCCAGAGAAAGCGCUGGUGUGGGGGGCGGACCCUAGAGCCAAAGCCAUGGGCUGGAGGUUGGUGAUGGACAAACAGGUCAGCCCUCUGGAGCUGAUCGCAGACGUCCAGCAGGGGGAUACAGAGCAUUACCACAGGCAUCGCUACAAAAUAGGACUUCCUGAAGGGGUGAAGGACCUACCCCCAGGCGUGGCCCUGCCCCUGGAGUCCAACCUGGUGUACAUGCAGGGGAUCAGCUUCUCCAAAGGCUGCUACAUCGGCCAGGAGCUGACGGCCAGGACCCACCACACGGGCGUGGUGCGCAAGCGGCUCAUGCCCGUGCGCCUCUCGCCCCCGGCCCGGGUCCCAGCCGAGGGUGCGGACCUGUUCACCGAGUCGGGCAAGCCGGCCGGGAAGCACCGGGCAGACGUUGGGGAGCUGGGCCUGAGCCUGGUGCGGCUGGCGCACGCCAAAGAGACGCUGCUCCUCAAGCCCUCCGAGGACAACGCCCUGACCGUCAAAGCCUGGGCGCCGGACUGGUGGCCCAAAGACCCCAAAGCCAAGUGAGCCACGCGAGCCGGGCCGUCCGCCAUGCUGAGAACGCACACCACGACACCACUUUCCCUGAUCUUUUAGGAUGCACGUCCUACCUGAAUUAGCGCUGGGUGUUUGUUGACUUGCUUUCAAAAAAAACAAAAACAACAAAAAACAUUUUUGACAAACUAAUGAACUAAAAUCCAGCUUGUCAGCUUCAAUCUUUGAGUGCAAGAUUUCCUUUAUUUGUGAUUGCUGGACAUUUCAGCAUUGUAAUGGUCCAUUAUUGUGUGAAUGGUCCAUUAUUGUGUAUAAUGGUCCGUUUGAAUUCAGCUUUCUUAAUGGAUGAUGUUUGUGUGGUGCUUUGCAUUACAUUUACUUCUGUAUUAUGUUUUAGGACACUGGCCUUCUAAAACACCUGUCUGCUAAAUCCUGUCCACGUUUUGUUUAUUUAGUUCAUAUACAUUUAAAUUAUUCCAUUCAUUCACUGUUGCCAACAUAGUGACUGUCGUUGCAUUUAUAAACUUUUCAGACCUUUAGCGACUUUAUUUAUUUAUUUUUUUAAAGAGCCUAGCAACAAAUCUAGCGGCUUUUUAAACAGACAUCAGCUUCCUUGGAAACCAUCACCAACUCUGCUCAGUGGGUUGUCUUUCUUGCGCUAGCUAUCACUCUACAGCUGACAUAACCGGCUGGUUAGUGAGCGCAGAGAGAAGCUACAGUCGACCGUCCACUAAUAACACACAGUUAUAUAUAACACACAUAUACAGAUAAGUAUGUGAUGUCAUAAAUGUACAAAUUAUCGUUUGGCAUCAUUUAGCAUCUUCUAGAAACUUUCUGAACAUGUGUUGGCUACUUUCCAUGGGAAAAGUUUGAACACUGAAUUCAUCAUGUUAACCAAUAAUGCACUCUGUAGGUCCCAGCUGGCUUUCAGUCAUAGGCUCUGCUCAGGCCACAUCUGAGGCGCUAUGGUCUGUCUGAUUCACUGAAAUUGAAGUUCAUGUGCACAUGAUAAAACAGCCGGUUUGCCAUCUAAGCCAAAUGAUUACUUUAAGAAAUGGGGUUGGGCAGAAUGAUGAAUUCAUGUCUCUACCCCUGCACAACCUGUGAUGUACAGUGAACAUUCUGGUGCAAAACGGCUGCCCCACAUUGGUGGUAGAUGAAUAGUUUCUCUUCCAUUCACUGUAAAUCAUUAUGAAGUCAUAAGAUGAAAAGCACUAUAAAACAUGCAGAGGAUGUCUUGGACUAUUCAAUAACUCUAGCAACAAAAUGCAACGGUAAAUCCAAACCGUUUAUUUCAUUGUCAUGCUCAUUAUCACUCGUAAGCAAAGUGAAAAACAAUUUCAGAAAAGGCAUUGGCAAAGGCCAUUUUUUUGCACAUCAACAUUGUUGCCCUUGAUAACAGUGAUAGCGUAGCAUCAGUCUGUCCAUUCCAUAGUUUAUUGCCACUCACUGUCUCGGUACAGUACCAUAGUAAUCAGGGAAAUAACACGUUUGCUAUUAAAUAACCUGUCACUAUGCAGUACAUGCAAGAGGAUUGUUUAAUAAUCAAUAAAAAUAAAAUUAUUUAUACAUCGC